AUGGGCGACUGGACCGGCUGCCGCGACGCCAGAGGCCGUCCACACGGCCGCGGCACGCUCCGCCUCUCGAAGCGGGCUCGCUUCGAGGGGCGGAUGGUGCGCGGCGAGCGGAGCGGGCUGGGCACGCUCUUCGUGGACGAGGCGAGCUCGGACGAGGAGGACGGGGCGGCCGAGGGCUGCGAGAGCUCCCUGCGCGUGCGCUGGCGCGACGACGAGCCGUGUGGGCGCGGCGUCUUCUCCGAGCCGGGCGGCGGCACCGUGCACGGCACGUGGAGCGGCGGGCUGCUCCAGGGUUCCGUCACCGAGCGACACGCUGAUGGGACUGUGCGCUUUGUCGGCUCGUGCGUCGACGGCGAGCGUGCCGGCUUUGGCGUGCAGAUUGGCAGCGACGGCGGCGCCCUCGUCGGCUGCUGGCGCGGCGAGCGGCUGCAAGGCCGGCGGUGCGCGCACCUGUACCCGUGCCGCUCGGGCGGGGCGCUGGUGGGCGAGUGGGCCGAGGGCGAGCCGCGCCGGCUCUCCUGGGCGCACCUCGAGCCAGGACGCGGGCGAGCGUCGCGCGUGGAGGGCGGGCCGUCGGGCGUGGUGGGCGGCGGCCUGGGCCUCUUCGCGAGGGCGUGCCUGCGCGGGGGUGAAGUUGCCGCCUUCCUCGCCGGCGUGCGGCGCGAGGGGUGCGGCUGCGAGCCUGCGGGAGAGGAGGCUGCGGACUGGGCCGUCUGGCUCGAGGACGGGGAGGGGUGGCUGCACCCGGAGUGGGUUGGGGAGGGGGGCGCCGCCUCCUCGCCCGCCUCUCCGGGCGCCGUCCCGCGCUCGGGCCUCGGCUGGCUCGCCAACCACGCUGGCUGGAGGGCAAACUGCGCCCUCGAGCCGUACUCACACCCGGUCGCGGGGGCGGUGGCGUGCGUGCGGGUGCUGCCGGGACGCUGCGUGGCGGUGGGCGGUGAGGUCGUCGCCGGCACCCGCGCCCUCCCGCCGCCGCCUCCGCCCACCCCGCCCACCCCGCCGUGA